CACAACAAAAAAAAGGAGGUUAGCAACGCCUCCGCACGGGUAAAAAGUUCUGGUGCUAAGAAGACCGUAGCUAGGAAAAAAACUACCACCAAGUAUAGGUCGUGCCUCAGGACAUUUCUAGAGAUGACCGAUAUACCGACCGGAGGUGUUCGGACCCUACAUAUGGAGGUAGGGAUUUUCGGCUUUGAUUACGACCAAAUGAUUGGUAAUGAAGACUUCAUGCAAGUUUUUAGUCAUGAAGAAAUCGGCGUCAACGUUGUCAAUACAUAUAUUAGGUUUUUGUAUGACAAAUUGAUGCGCCCCAAUGGUUUGGACGUGUCAUUCGGAUUCUUAGCACCCGCGACCGUCAACUUAGUUUUAAUCUUAAAUAGACCGGAUACCGUGACGGAGUACGUUCUUCGGAUCCUCAUGGACAAUAAAGAUGCGGAGAAGUUGUUUUUUAUACCGUUUAAUACCGGUGGACAUUGGUUGUUGCUCGCAAUCAAUCCUAUCCGAGAAAUUGUGUAUUAUCUUGACUCGUUAGGAAAUGAUUGGACAACAUACCCGGAUAUGAAGGUCCUAAUUGACACCGUCCUACAAGCUUUUCGGGCCCAACGAGUUAUCCAAACCUCAAGGAGGGGAAGUUUUUCACAAGAUUAA